AUCCAAAGGUUCAGAGAAACAGUGAAAAGGAUACAAAAAUCUUUCACCUCAAUGUGGAGUGAAAAAUGUUGUUUUCAAAUCAUUUUCUUCUUCUCCCCAAAUUAAUUUAUUUCAGUUCGCCAAACUUCUCCGUUCAAAACGGAAAUGAUUAUUUGCAGAUCUGUCUUGCAAUUGUAAUUGCAACUUUAUCCGAUUUCCAAAGCGUUUUCACAUUAAUUCUCUGGAUUAUGCUUCUGGUCCUACUUCGAGUCCAAUAAUGUCGCUAGAGCAGGUGGAACUUCGAAGAAGUUAAAAUAGGAUGCUCGAUUUCGUUUGAGAGUGUACGGUUUUGGAAGUUAAUCCUUGUGGAACUUCGAAUGGCUCGGAGUUCACAAGUACCAAAAUUUGGUAAGUGGGACGAUGGGGAUGAUGUCCCGUAUACAGCCUAUUUUGACAAUGCCACAAAGGCUAAAUUAGUGAGGUUAAAUAUGAACGAUCCUUCUCUUGACCAAGUGGAGAUUUUAGGCACAGUGAGGUCAAACUAUGAGCAACACAGAAUCAAAGAAGGUGUUCUUGUGAGGAGGCAAACCGAGUCUCCAUUGCACCACGAUGCUCCGGAAAUGCCUGGUCGGGAUUCUAAUGGUAUAAAGUCAACUAAGAGUCAGGGUCAACAAGCAUCAAGGCCAAAGCAUGCACAAGAAGAUUUGAGCUUGGAAGAUGGUAACAUGAAGAAACAUCUUGAUUCCCCUUUGGACCAUCAAUCAUUAGGUCGGGUAAGCUUUAACUCGCCUCGUCAUCAACGUCAGGCUAUCUCUCCACAUCAUCAACGCGAGGGCAAUAACAUGACCAGUAAUUCAUCGAAAAGGACUACGAGAAAUGGUGUAGGUUCUGACUGCAGCAUAGAAAAUUCACCUCUUCAUCCACGGCAGCAUCUGAGGACUGAAGCAAAAACUGCGGUACCAUCUUCGCCAUUACGAGAAAGAAGGGGUUCAGGUUCGCCUAAAGGAGGUAGUCAUGAUGGUUUAGCUCCCUCAACUCCUGGAAGAUCACGUCAACGAUCGGUUCCUCGGGGCAAUGAAAGUCCGGAUCGUAGUGCCACUGUCCCAAAAUUUGGUGACUGGGAUGAGAGCGAUCCAACAUCAUCUGAGAACUACAGUGGCAUUUUCACCAGAGUGCGCGAGGAGAGACAAUCCGAGGACGGAAGUUUGCGGGUUGGGACUAAUGUUUCUAGCGCCACGAGUCGUAAUCAAUCUGAAAAUUCUAAGAGAUGUGGCUGUUUUCCAUGGGGGAAAUGAUUGCUCGGUGUCACGGUGAGUGCGAUGAUAACACUUACGAGUGCGAUUGUGACACUUAACCUGAUGUAACGGAACGGGAAUGGUGAGGAAUUGUUUAAUGGAAGUCUGAGUGCCGGCAGGCACAUAUGGCCAAGAGGUCAGUGGCAAGGCUUUGUUUUUUUGGGUAUAUUCUCUACGAUUGCCACCACCACUUUUUUAUCCAAAACAUUUAUCAUUGGUGACGACGUAUGUAUUAUAUCAAAUAUUAUCCAAAGUGAUUGA